AUGCCAAAAAAUUAUAUAAAACCAGAAUAAACGAUGAUUUAAUAAAUCAACGAGAAAACCUAUCAUAUGAAAUAGACGAAAUAAUACAAUAAAUCAAUUAAAUCCUAGCCCUAAAAGACAAACAAUAAAUUGUUUAAAAAUUCGACAAAGACCUCCUUUUAACACUAGAAUCUAAGAUAAGCCGUCUCUAAUCUCUCGAUAGUCUCAUUCCACACAUAAUUUGCGAAGUUCUCAAUAAAGCCAGUGAUUUUAGUAAACAACUUUUCGAAAAUUUUAUCACUUUCCGCCAAAACGCUAUGUAGAUAUGUACUUAAUUACAAAACUUCUCCUCUGAAAAUGACCGAUCCUUCAAAUAUGAAUUCGCCAAUAUAAAUUUACAAGACCCAAACAAAAUAAGAGUAAUGCGCUAUAAUAUUUCUUUAAAAAAUGAAGACCUGUCAUCUUUACAAGAAGGCCGUAUAUUAAGUGAAAACCUAGUUUUUUUCAUAAUCGACUAUUUUUCAGAACGUAACCUCUCUCCCAUAUAUAAAAACUCUCAAAUUCUGA